GAACUGCUGUCGGGACAUAAGAUUGGAAAAGAAACAGGAGAACGUGAGUGAUCCGCGCACACCACGAAAGGCGACUCUGCGGAAAAGCUAAGCCAGAGAGAGAGAGAGACGAUUUGGGGGAGAGAGAGAGCUGAUCUCGUGACGUUUGCCGGAUUUCGAGUCGUUCUAUUCACCGGAGUUUGGGAACUCUGUUGGCGUCCGCAAUCAGGGUUCCCUGAAAAUUAGGGUUUCGAUUUGGUACCUCCUUAGUCGAAAUUAACUCCUCCAUUCGCUGAAUUCGUUUCAUCCUUUAUCUUCUUUGGUCGUUUCGAUUGAGCUGGUGCUCCGAUCUGCGAAGCGGCUGUAAGAUGUUUACGCCGCAGAAGAAGUUUUGGCCGCUGACGCCGAGGACGGAGCCGAGCUCGAAGAAGUUAACUCUUUCGGGACUUGGUUCUGGCGCAAAUCCUAAUUCAGUAACUCCGAGCAAUGGAGAAGCGUCGGCCCGAGGGAAAGCGGUUGGUUUUGUUGAAGGCGAUGGGAAUAUGGAGGCAGAGUCUUUGACUGAGAGGGUUUCGAGGCUCGAGAAUGAGCUCUUUGAGUAUCAAUACAACAUGGGCCUUCUUUUGAUUGAAAAGAAAGAGUGGACUUCAAAGUCCGAAGAAUUAGCACAAUCUUUAGCAGAAGCUACUGAGAGCCUAAAAAGAGAGCAAGCGGCUCAUUUAAGUGCACUGUCUGAGGUGGAGAAGCGAGAAGAUAGUUUAAAGAAAGCACUGGGUGUUGAAAAGCAGUGUGUGGUUGAUCUUGAGAAGGCAGUGCGUGAGAUGCGAUCAGAAUAUGCUGAAAUUAAGUUUAAUGCCGAUUCAAAACUGGCUGAGGCUAAUGCAUUAGUUGCUAGUAUUGAGGAGAAGUCAUUGGAGGUUGAAGCCAAAUUCCAUGCGGCUGAUGCCAAACUUGCUGAGGCAAGCAGGAAAAAGUCAGAAAUUGAGAGGAAGUUGCGUGAGUUGGAGACUCAAGAAAAUGCACUUCGAAGAGAACGGUCAUUGUUCACUUCAGAGCGUGAGACACGUGAUGCUUCUAUAGCUAAACAAAGGGAAGAUUUGCGGGAGUGGGAAGAUAAAUUACAAGAAGCUGAGCAGAGGCUGGCUGACAGUAGAAGGUUGCUGAACCAAAGAGAGGAAAUGGCUAAUAUGAGUGAUAAAAGCUUGAAAGAAAAGCAGAAUGAACUUGAAGAAUUAAGGAAAAAAAUUGAAGCUGCUAAUUCAACACUGAAGAACAAAGAAGAUGAUAUAAGCUCUAGACUAGCAAAUGCAUCUCGUAGGGAGAAGGCAACUGAUGAGGUUAGGAGGAAAUUGGAGGAGAAAGAAAAAGAAUUGUCGGAGCUGGCAGAGAAGUUAAAUGCUAGGGAAAAAUUGGAGAUUCAGAAGCUGUUGGAUGAACACAAGCGUGUGCUGGCCGAGAAGGAGAAGGAGUUUGAAUUGGAGAUGGAGGAGAAGAGAAAAUUGCAUGAUGAGCAGUUGAAAAACAAGGUGGUUGACUUGGAGAAGAAAGAAACUGAAAUUGCACACAUGGAAGAAAAAGUGAAGAAGCGAGAACAGGCCAUUGAAAAGAAACAGGGGAAAGUGAGGGAGAAGGAAAUGGAUGUCGAUUCAAAAUUGAAAUCUUUAAAAGAAAGGGAGAAGUCACUUAAAACUGAGGAGAAGGACUUUGAAAAAGAGAGAGAACAAAUACUUGCAGAAAAGGAAGAUUUGCUCAAAGUCAAAGGUGAGGUUGAGAAUCUCAAGGCAGAGACCGAGCAACUGCAGCUGAAGGUAACCGAAGAGAGGGAAAAGCUGAAAGUAACCGAAGAAGAAAGAAGCGAGCUUUCACGACUACAAUCAGAGUUGAAACAGGAAAUAGAGAAUUACAGAUUCCAAAACGAGCAACUUACCAAGGAAGCAGAGGAUUUGAGGCUGGAAAAGGAGAAAUUCGAGAAAGAAUGGGAGGAACUUGAUGAUAAAAGAGCUGAGAUAAAGAAAGAACAAGAGGUAGUUCAGAUGCAGAAAGAGCAGUUUGAAAAACUACAGCAAUCCGAACAGGAAAGACUACAGAAUGAGAAGCUCGAAACGCAGAAAUAUGUUCAGAGGGAAUUGGAAGCUCUUAGAUUGGCAAAAGAUUCUUUUGCUGCUACCAUGGAGCAUGAAAAGUCAAUAUUGGCUGAAAAGACCGAAAGCGAAAAGUGCAAGCUGAUCAAUGAUUUCGAAUUGCAUAAAGAAGAACUCGAGACGGAACUUCAGAGGAAGCAAGAAGAUAUGGAGAAUCGCUUGCAUGAGAGGGAAAAGUCAUUUGAAAAUGAGCGAGACUUGGAACUCAAUAACAUUAAUAAGCUGAGGGAAACCGUCAGGAGAGAAAUGGAAGAUAUGAAGUUGGAAAAACAUCGGAUCGAGAAAGACAAUCUAGAACUUUCCGAGAAUAAGAAGCAUGUGGAGGCGCAACAGCAUGAGAUGCGAAAAGAUAUCGAGGAGCUUGCCGGCUUGAUUCAGAAGUUGAAGAAUCAAAGGGAACAAUUCAUCAAGGAACGAGAACGCUUCAUAUCAUUUGUCGAGGAACAGAAAAACUGCACUACUUGUGGGGAAGCUAUUCGUGAUUUUGUGCUCUCCGAUCUCCAUCCUUUAAACGAACUCAAAGCUCUGGAGGCUCCUCCCCUAUCAAGGGUUGCCGAAAGUUAUUUGAAAGAGACGGUUGAAGUGACAGCGGAGAGGGUCGCCACUGGAUCAUCCCCUGUUCCUGUUAAUUCUGGAUCUCCUUCUGCUGUCGGAACCCUAUCUUGGCUUCGGAAAUGCACGACAAAGAUAUUUAAAUUCUCACCUGGGAAGAAACUUGAACUCGACUAUGCUCAGGAUGUCGCGGGGACAUCAGCAGUGGACGAGCAAGUUGUUGGUUCGGAAACAAUACCAGCUGACGAAAUGGAGCCGCAACCUUCAUUACAAGUCGUAAAUGAUUCUUUUGAUGUCCAGAUAAUAGAAUCCGAUAGCGCCAUUAGGGGCGUUGAAACUACUCAAGCUCUGUCCGUCGAUCAUGAUCCAGUUAACAUCCCUGAAAAUUCUCAGAAUUCCGGUAGAAAGGCAAUCCGCCGUGGACCUGGCAGAGGAGGUAGGCGUAAAUCUGGUAGAACACAAUCUGAAACAGCUGCGGCAGCUGGUUCUGAGACCAACGGAAAUGCCGAAGAUUCUGUUUACACUUAUGAUGAAAGUCAAGCAGAAUCUGAACUUGUUAGAUCGCCAAAAGGGGCAAGAAAGCGAGGCCGGGUUCGCGAAUCCCAAGCAACUGUGAGCGAGACCCAAACUGAAGGUCAUUCGGAUAGCAUUAAGGAUGGUGAUCGCCCAAAGAGGCGACAGAGAGUUGCAGCAGCAGGAGCAGGAGCUGAACAAAGUCUUCCUCCGAAACGUUACAAUCUCAGACAGCAACCCAAGAAGUCGGUCGUUAACGGGCCCCUACCCCAAAAAAGGAAGGGUAGGGGUAAGGGAAAGGGUAAGGAAACUGAGCAGGUGAGCAUGGAAGUUAAUCUGUCGGAGAAAGCUGAAGCAUUGAGGGAAGAAAUGAAUGAAACUGGAGCAGCGGCUUCGAUUCCUAGAAGAUCUUGCGACGGAGAAGGUGAUGAUGCCGCUGUUCAAUGCACUGGGGUUGCCAGUGAGUUCUCUGCGGACAGUCCUUUUAAGAAUGGUGGGGAGCAUGGUGGGAUAGGAAACAUGGAUGAGGAGGUGAACGGAGGAGGGGCAGCUGAGGAAGCUCGAAACUACAGUAACGAAGAACUCAAGACGGAGAGCCAUGGAGACAGUGGCGACAAUGAUGGGGACGGAGAUGACGAUGAGGUGAAUCACCCUGGCGAAGUAUCUAUUGGGAAGAAGCUCUGGACAUUCCUCACCACGUGAAGCAUGAAGUAUAUAUAUAUAACUUUGACGCUAUCACGACCACAACCAAGUAAAGUAUUUUUCAACUCUGACUUUCUAUUAUUACAUUUGAGGUAUAUUUCAUCUCGACUUAGUUGUUGUGUGUAUGAAUUGAUGAAGGAAUUAGUUUAUCCGAAAACAUAGAAAUCGAUUGAGGCACUGCUCUAGGGCGUCUUCCCUUUCCCACUAGGAAGUUGGGGUCGGUUUGCCAUUUUAGAAUUUGCAGAUAGCAAGUAAUGAAUGUGUAGCAUUCUUAUUCUAGCUGUACUGUCUGUCCGUCUCCGUCGCACUCUUGAGAUAAUAUUUGUUUGUAUUGAUUGCGAAACUGCUAAUGGCUGGCUGGCUUGUGGGUUUUAUUUGCUAUGAUAUUUUCAUGUGGUUAAAUUUUC